GCGAGCCCCGAACCUUCUGCAACCCUCGAAAAUUCCCCUUCUUCUUAACACUCGCCGCCGAAGCGCCGGACCAGAAUCUCCACCACUACUCGCCCGCACUGGAUUAGUGUCUCUCGAUUAGCGCGCCCCAGCACCAGCCGAUCGACGGUCGACGAAAUUGUUGUGAUGGACAUGGACGCCGCGCCGGCGCUGAAGAGGAAGGGCGCGGACGCGUCGGAGCUGUGGCUGGACGACGGCGGGCCCGGGUUCCACGCCGCCUUCCGCGCCGCCAAGAGCCGCCGCCUGGACGCGGACGUGACGCCCGUCGUGCCCGGCGCGGUCGUGCCGCCGCCGCUUCCUCAGACGCAGCCGGUGGCGGGAUUGGGGACGCAGGAGGACAUGGCGCUGAUGUGCGGCGACGUGGCGGGGGUGAAGAGGAAAGGCGCGGACGCCCCGGAGCUGUGGCUGGACGACGACGUGGGCGGCGGCCCCGGAUUCCCCGUCCCCUUCCGCGCCGCCAAGAGCCGCCGCCUGGACGCGGACGUUCCGCCCGUCGCGCCCGGCGGGGUCGUGCCGCCGCCGCUCCCUCAGACGCAGCCGGUGCCGGAGUUCGGGGUUGUUGAGGGGGCGCCGCCGAUGUGCGGCGACGUGCCGGUGGUGCCGGUGGAGGUGCCGGCGCCCGGGGCCAACGAGGAGAGGGCGAUCGUGCUGUACAGGCCCGCCGAGGCCGCGCGCAGCCUCCUGCUCGGCCCGCUCCGGCCCGGCGCCCCUCUCCGCGUCAGCCCCGACUGGAUCCAAGGGCUCAAGGGCACCAUGCUGCAGGAGGCGAGCAACCACCGAGCGAUGUUCGCCGGAGAGGAGAACUCCAACAUGGCCAUGGUCCCAUGGGCGCCGUGGGCGCCGCACCGCGUGCAGGGACCGUCCACGGCCACGGAGAUGAUGGACGCCGAGGACACGUCCAUGGAUGUGGAGCAGGACGGAGCCGACCAGCCCUCAACGACGCACCAGCAGUGGCCGCAGCACUGCAUGGUACCGCAGCCGCUCCCGGCGGCGAGCUGCCAGCCGAGCCCGGUGACAUGGUCGUGGUGAAGCGCGCUGCCAGCCAGCCGUGCUAUAGUGGUAGGAGAAGAGUACGUAGGUGCGGCUGCCGGUAGUGUAUUUCCAUCGAGGAGCAGAGAGUAGGAAGGAGGUGACGCCGUCCUGUUUUAGAAGGUGCGAGGAGAAGGCGUUCCCUGCUGGUAUCUGAACAUUUUGGUUUUAACCGGAGCAAAGGAUUACUCCGAAUGUUGUAUUCUUCGUUCGUGAA